AUGUCGCGCUCCUUCUAUGUCGACUCGCUCAUCAUCAAGGAGUCCUCACGGCCCGCGCCCUCGCUUCCUGAGCCGCACCCCGGGCCAGAUUUCUUCAUCCCGCUGGGCAUGCCAUCCCCGUUGGUGAUGUCCGUGUCCGGGACGGGCUGCCCGUCCCGCAAGAGCGGCGCGUUCUGCGUUUGCCCGCUCUGCGUCACUUCGCACCUGCACUCCCCUCGGGGGCCCGCGAGCUCCAGCGGCGGGAGCGCAGGGACCGGGAGUGCCGGGGCCGGGGGUGGCGGGGCGGCGGCAGCCGCCGGGGCGUUGCCCCUGCUCAAGAGUCAGUUCUCUUCGGGUCCUGGGGACGCACAAUUUUGCCCGCGUGUGAGCCACGCGCACCAUCACCACCACCCUCCGCAGCACCACCAUCACCACCACCAGCCCCAGCAGCCCGGCUCGGCUGCAGCGGCGGCGGCUGCGGCUGCAGCGGCGGCGGCCGCGGCGGCCUUGGGGCACCCGCAGCACCACGCACCUGUCUGCACCGCCACCACCUACAACGUGGCGGACCCGCGGAGAUUCCACUGCCUCACCAUGGGGGGUUCGGACGCCAGCCAGGUACCCAAUGGCAAGAGGAUGAGGACGGCGUUCACUAGCACGCAGCUCCUGGAGCUGGAGCGGGAAUUCUCUUCCAAUAUGUACUUGUCUCGACUCCGGAGGAUCGAGAUCGCCACGUACCUGAACCUGUCAGAGAAGCAGGUGAAAAUCUGGUUUCAGAACCGCAGGGUGAAGCACAAGAAGGAAGGGAAGGGCACGCAGAGGAACAGUCACACGGGCUGCAAGUGCGUCGGCGGCCAGGCGCACUACGCGCGCUCAGAGGACGAGGACUCCUUGUCGCCGGUCUCGGCCAACGAUGACAAGGAGAUUUCCCCAUUAUGAGGGAGGGCUGCCCCACCUCUCCCUACACGCUCCCGUAACCCCCCCACCACAA